GCGCGCGUGACUCGCGAGACUCCAGUCGGGAGCCCGUCCGAGCGCGAGCGGGGGGAGUCUGGACCUGAGGCGGGAGACGGGCACCGGGCCAGCAGCAGCAGCAGCAGCAGCAGCAACAACAGGCACUGCCUGAUUUGUUGGGCAUGUGCAACAUUUUCUUGUUUCAGAUUUCUGACUGCAGCAUCCAAGUUCAGCUUUUUUUGGUAAAAAUCUACCAAUCAAGAUAAUACAAGCAACUCCUGCAUUCCAGCAAUUCAGUAACAGAAGUUUGCCCUUACGGGAUUCACAAAUCCGCUACCAAAAAAAUCAGAUGAUAUAGGACUCCAGACAGCUGCAGGAACAGAAGCCAAUACAAAAACACUGUACUGCACCAAAUAAACUAAAAUAUGGCUGAUGACUUCGAGCCUUUGUUGUCUGCUGUCGUUGCAGAUAAAUCACCUGAUGUUGAACAUAAGGAAGGCAAGCCAGAAUCAAAUUCAAGAAGACCUUUCUACGUGCCAUGCAACAACCUCUAUGGCAACACACCCCCACAAGAGCAGAUCACAGCAGAAGCUUCAGCAAUGAACAGCCGUAUUCAGUAUUAUAGCAAGUUGACCACUACACACCAAACAUUGGUGCCACCUCGUCACGUAAUUCCAGCUGAAGAGGAAAUUUAUGUUUACAGUCCUUUAGGAAGUGCUCUGCAAUUUGAAAGUAGUAUAGAUGGCUUUGGAAAGAAUCCCAGCAUAGUCACUAUAUUUUCUAUUUGGAACACUAUGAUGGGCACAUCCAUAUUGAGCCUUCCAUGGGCAUUGAAGGAGGCGGGAUUUACUUUUGGGAUUAUCUUGAUCAUUGCAAUGAGCAUCCUGAUGCUGUACUGUUGUUAUCGAGUAGUGAAAUCUCGACAGACAGUAGUUCAUAUCGAUACAUCAAGCUGGGAAUUUCCUGAUGUCUGUAAAUAUUAUUUUGGUUCCUUUGGCCAGUGGUCCAGUCUUCUUUUCUCUCUGAUUUCCCUGUUUGGAGCCAUGAUUGUUUACUGGGUCCUUAUGUCCAAUUUCCUUUACAACACAGGGAUAUUUAUUUUCAAUCAUAUUCAUAAUGUGUCAGAAGUGAAUCAUGUUUUGAGUACAAAUGGAAGUCAUAAAGUUAUUUGUCCAGACCCACCGGGAGUUCAUGAAAAGAAUUCCACUGACAUGUCUGUCAUCAUAAGCAAUGACACAGCCUUGCAUGAGUUUCAGGAGUGGUGGAGCAAAACAAAUGCUGUCCCUUUCUACCUCAUUUUCCUUUUGUUGCCUCUUCUUGGCUUCAAAUCUGCUUCAUUCUUUGCAAGGUUCAACAAUCUGGGUACAAUUUCAGUUGUCUAUUUAAUUAUUUUGGUCACGCUGAAGACAGCACAACAAGGAUUUCAUUUGGAAUUCCAUUGGUUUGAACCUGCAAACAAUUUUGUAGCAGAAUUUCGAUCAUCUUUCCCACAUUUAACUGGAGUCCUUGCACUUGCUUUCUUCAUUCAUAACUGUGCCAUCACCCUUUUAAAAAACAACAAGCACCAAGAAAAUAAUGUUCGAGAUCUUUCCAUUGCCUAUCUACUUGUGGGAUUAACCUAUUUGUAUGUUGCAGUUAUGACAUUUGCUGCAUUCCCCUCACCAGAAUUAUCCAAAGAUUGUAUUGAGCCGAACUUCUUGGACAAUCUGCCAAGCAGCGAUACCACAGCCUUCAUUUCCCGAGUUUUCCUGCUGUUUCAGAUGACCACUGUUUAUCCGUUGUUGGGCUAUCUCAUAAGAGUACAAUUAUUGGGACAGUUGUUUGGUAAAGUGUAUCCCAGCUUUGUUCACGUGUUCAUUUUAAACAUCGUGGUUGUUAGUAGUGGAGUCCUUGUGGCAAAGUUUUAUCCCAAUAUAGGUGGCAUUAUCAGGUAUUCAGGAGCAACGUGUGGUCUUGCCUUUGUAUUUGUUUAUCCAUCUCUUGUUCAUAUGAUAUCGCUUCAACGCAAAGGACAGCUGAGUUGGCCAUCAACAAUUUUCCAUAGUUUCCUGAUAGUACUUGGUGUGGCUAAUCUGAUUGCACAGUUCUUGAUAUAAUACAAGCCAAACGAAAUACUAAAUUUUAAGGUGCCUCAUUAAUUGAAUUAUUGCUGAUCUUAGAGAAUUGAAAACUUCAUAUACUAUUCUUGAUUAUGCUGACAGUUAAUGUUUAGUGGGACAAUUGAUUUGAUCAUUAUUUGUAACUAGGGACACAUUUUUCCCAUUUUUAUAAACCAUCCAAAAAAUCUUCCAGUUGCAGUUCAUUUUCAUGGCUGUGCAGGCUGGAUGUUGUGAUAUUUCUUUCAUUGGAAUGGCACCAGAAAGUCGCAAUAAGUAAAUUAACUUGUAUUGUGUUUUUCAUCCUGUCAAAAGAAAAUGGAUUCCAAUGAAUAUAUUUAGCCAAAUAAAACGCACAAUGCAAAGUUUCUAAUGCACAUAACAUCAAAACACUUUUGGUGUCAGUAUUUUAAAUUCUAUUUUGUCCUUCCACAAGGCAUCACUUUUGGGUGACCUACAAGUGCUAAAGGAAUUUCUUUUCAAUAUUCCAUUGGAGUAGAACUGUCCUUUGUCACUGCAUGUUGUACUUUGGUGUAUUAUGAAAAGUAGAAACAUUGUCUAAUGGUGCACUUAAUGGAAUGGAUUGUAAAUAUUUGGUUUAUUGGUUUAAAUUAGUAUUGUAAGCAUAAGUGACUACAUUCCAGCCACUGUCUCUAGUUUACUGAUAGACGAACCCAUAUACAAUUCAUUUUAACAGACUGUCAUUUUGAACAUGUGGAUUAGUGUUAGUGGAGACCCUCUAUGUUCGCAUCUUUUACUGCACCAGGUUUUCCCCACAUAUUUGGCUGAAUGUGUUAGCAUGACGAAUAUUGAGAAAUUUAAAGAUUUGCAACGUGUUACCUAUUUGCUUCUGUUUUGCCUGUAAAUGUAAAAGUCUACUUUCAAGAGCUAUACUUUGACUGAAUUGUUUCAAUUAUUUGAAUAAUCCUGCUAACUUCAGCAUAAUGUUUGAAUUUGUAUCCUGAUAUAAGAAGUCUUGACAUCAUCUUGUGAAGAAGUUCCUUAAUUUCUAAUGCCAAUCAAAGAAUAAAAGACUAAGAUAUUAAGUGGCAAUGUUUGGAAUAAACUAAAUAAGCUAAGUGUGAACCUUACUGAUGUAUUUGCACUUGGCUUAUAAUGAUAUUACUGGCACUAAGUCUGAAAUCUGUGUAGUUUUAUUGGUAAUACUAUCAAACUGGCAGAUUGAUAGAGCAAAGGAAAAUCCAAAGCUUGUAAUUCAGACUUUGGUUGUGUUAGUGAUGCAGAAUGGAUAUCAUCUUUGUAAAAUAAAUAGCAAUUACAUUGUAAUGGAACAUCAGUAAAAUCCUGAGAACAAUGUGAACAUUACCUCCACACCACUGAAUCUGAUUUUUUUUUCAUUUGCAACACUGGGUAAGUGCGAAGUGGUUGCCAUCCUACUAUCCAUGGGGAGCAGUCCCUCGUCAAUGCUCAUUACUAUUUAUGCAUAAGAGUGAAUAGAUUCUAGCAACAGUCUCUAUUGUAUGGAUACCAAACCCAAUCUGCAAUUUAUUUUAAUAGGACUAUCAUUUUUGAUGUGUGGGUAGUGUUAGAGAAAUGCUGUAUGUUCCUCAUUUUUACACAGCAAAUUUUUCCCAGUCAAUUUGGCUGAAAAUGUUGGCUUGAAUCUGGCAGCAGACCCAGGAGUAGCUGACUCAUACUGAUAUGUGGCUGGAGAGAAUGCAAGAGACAUGUUUCUAGAUCAAGAAAAUUUUGCAAUAGUUUCAUCACUUAUUCCUUAUUUGAAAUGUGCAGUUGUUAUUGUGUAAUAUUAAUUUGAUACAGCUCAAAGAAUAGGAUAUUUUUUACUGAACAAUUUAACUUCAUUCACUGGUAAACUGGAUGUUUUGUAUGACUGUAAUACUCAAAGUGUUCUGAAUGAGAAUAAUAGUACGUGCAAAAAAGGACAAUUAAGUACAAAGCGCUUUGCCAUCUUACCAACUGUUUUGUCGUCAUUUGGUGCAGUGCACUGGAGUUCAUUGAUUGUAAAUCCAUUAUAGUAAAAUUAAUUGCUGGUUUAAAUGCAGUAAGUUCAGUCAACAAAACUUUGACAUUUUCUGAAUAUAUAUCAGAAAAUAA